CAAUGCUUCGGUCUCAAUGGUUGUUACCAUAGUUAAUAAUGGUAUAAGUGGACUGCAAAGGAAAGGAAAGGAAAGAGCGAUGAAGAAGGGAUGGGUUUUGAGCGUGGGAGUCAACGUGAUAUGUUUGGUUAUGGUUUGCGGUGCGAUCGAGUCCCCACAGUACACAGUUGUCCACUCCGAGUCCGAUUUCGAUAUCAGACUCUAUCGAACCUCUGUCUGGAUGUCCGCUCUUGCUUCUGACAUUUCCUUCCAGAAAGCCACCUUGAAUGGCUUCCACAGGUUGUUCCAGUUCAUAGAAGGUGCCAACCUUAAUUUCUCUCGAAUUCCAAUGACUGCUCCAGUGUUGACAAGCAUGGUACCUGGUGCUGGUCCCUUACAAUCCCAAGGCUAUUAUGUUAGUUUGUACUUGCCUGUUAAGUUCCAAGCCAACCCACCACUCCCACUUCCAGAGCUCAAUAUCAAGCCCUAUGAAUUCAGCAGCCACUGCAUUGCAGUGAGAAAGUUCUCUGGAUUUGCCAAGGAUGAGAGGAUUGUUAAAGAGGCAGAGAAGCUUGCCACCAGCCUCAGCAGGUCUCCAUGGGCUGAUUCAACUUCGUCCAAGGGUCAACGUGCUUAUUCAAUUGCACAAUACAAUACUCCUUUCCGGGUUAUUAAGCGCAGAAACGAGGUUUGGGUUGACAUUGAUGCUCCUGAAUUAGGCUGUAACUUGGUUGGUGCUGCAGCAUAUUGAAGAAAUGUUUUACUACUUGUGCUUGGAGUGAGUUACUCUCUCUUUAUCUCUUUAUAUCAUGUAAAUAUUCUGAAACAUAUAUAUUAUGCAUUGACUUGCAUGAAUUAUUAUUAGGAUUUGCAUUUUGUAUGUUGGUUUUUUUUUUUUUCACGUGAUCAUUUCAUGUGAAAAGAGAUCAAACUCACUUGAAAAUAUCAAAUCCAUUAAGAUGAAAUG